AUGACGAUCGCCCAGUUCAACGGCAAGGACGUCCCGGCCGACGUCGCGCCGCUCUUCACGCCGUUCAAGCUCGGCGAGCUCGAGCUCAAGCACCGCAUCGUGUACCCGCCUCUCACGCGCUGCAGGGCGACGGGGUGCGUGCCGCAGCCGCUGGCCGUCGAGUACUACUCGCAGCGCGCCACGGCGGGCGGGCUCAUGAUUUGCGAGGCAACGUGCAUCUCGCCUGAGGCGCACGGGUACCCGCAGACGCCCGGGAUCUACACGAAGGAGCAGAUCGAGGGCUGGAAGCCCAUCGCCAAGGCCAUCCACGACAAGGGCGCCUACUUCUACUGCCAGCUGUGGCACUGCGGGCGCGCGUCGCACCGCGACUACCAGCCCGACGGCCGCCCGCCGCCGGCGCCGUCCGCGAUCGCGCCGAAGGGCCAGUGCUUCACGCCGUCCUUCGAGGCCAAGGACUACGAGACGCCGCGCGAGAUGACAAUCGAGGAAAUCAAGGCUCUGCCGGGCACGUACGUCCAGUGCGCGAAGAACGCGCUCGAGGCCGGGUUCGACGGCGUGGAGGUGCACGCCGGGAACGGCUACCUGCUCGACGAGUUCCAGAAGGACACGACGAACAAGCGCACCGACGAGUACGGGGGCAGUGUGGAGAAGAGGUGCAGGUUGACGCUCGAGGUGGUGGAUGCGGUCGUGGCGGCGGUGGGCGCGAAGAAGGUCGGGAUCCGCCUGACGCCGUUCAUCACCUUCCUGGACGGCAUCGACACGAAGCCGUACGAGACGUUCUCGUACCUGUCGACGGAGCUGGACAAGCGCGGCCUGGCGUACAUCCACUUCGUGGAGCCGCGCGCGGACGGCAACGAGGACGUCGAGACGAAGGAGUCCCUCGACCCCUUCAGGGCCCUCAUCAAGAACACCCCCUUCAUCGCCGCGGGGGGGUAUAAGACCGCCGACGCCGGCGCCAAGGCCGUCGCGUCCGGCCACGCCGACCUCGUCGCCUACGGCCGCGUCUACCUCGCCAACCCCGACCUCCCGAAGCGCUUCACGAUCCCUGGCGCGAAGCUCAACGACUACGACCGCAACACCUUCUACGGUGCCCCGGACCCCAAGCUGGGCUACACCGACUACCCCUUCCUCGAGUAG